AUGCCCCAGAGGGGGCACCCAUCUCAAGAGGGGCUUUGGGCCCUGCCCUCCCCCACCAUGGAGCAUCGGCCAGAGCCUGAGGCUGAAGGACUGUUGGACCUCAGCUUCCUGACGGAGGAGGAGCAAGAGGCCAUCACUGAGGUCCUCAAGCGAGAUGCCCGCCUGCGCCAGCUGGAGGAGGGGCGGGUCAGCAAGCUCCGGGCCUCUCUGGUGGACCCUGGGCAGCUGAAGAUCCUGACAGGGGACUGGUUCCAGGAAGCACGCUCCCAACGGCAUCACCAUGCACACUUUGGCUCUGACCUUGUCCGAGCCUCUAUCCGCAGGAAGAAGAGCUCCAGGGGAGAUCAGGCCGUGGGCAGCAAUGGGGAGGCUGAGGCUUCUGGGAAAGAGAACGAAGAGGAGCCAGAGCCCAGACCCCCCAUAGAUGAGGCCCCCCAAGAGACGCUCAAGGAGACUGAGGGACCUGAUUUCCCAUCGCCAUAUGUCCUCCUAAAGGCUUCAGAUCAGGAGGAGGAGCCCCAGGCCCAGGAAGCCCCUGGCCAAGGGGGCGUGCAGGUCUGCGCGGAGGAGUUGGAACCGGAGCUGGAGCCCGCGUCGCGGGUAGAGAGGGAGGGGCGCCCCCGACACUUCUCCCCUCUCCGGACCAAGGCUGCACGCAAGAUACUGGAGAACGGGGAGGAGGCCCCGGCGUCUGGUCCCGCACCGGACCGCAUGCUCAGCAGCAGUUCCUCCGUGUCCAGCCUGAACUCCUCCACGCUGAGCGGCAGCCAGAUGAGCCUGUCUGGGGAGGCGGAGGCGGUGCCGGUGCGCGGCUCCGUGCACUUCGCGCUGCACUACGAGCCGGGCGCCGCCGAGCUGCGCGUGCACGUGAUCCAGUGCCAGGGCCUGGCCGCCGCGCGGCGCCGCCGCUCCGACCCCUACGUCAAAAGCUACCUUCUCCCGGAUAAGCAGAGCAAGCGCAAGACGGCCGUGAAGAAACGGAAUCUGAACCCCGUCUUCAACGAGACUCUGCGGUACUCAGUCCCGCAGGCCGAGCUCCCGGGCCGCGUGCUGAGCCUGUCGGUGUGGCACCGCGAAAGCCUGGGUCGCAACAUCUUUCUGGGCGAAGUCGAAGUGCCCCUGGAUACGUGGAAUUGGGACUGUGAGCCCACCUGGCUCCCCCUACAGCCGCGGGUCCCACCCUCUCCCGACGAGCUUCCCAGCCGCGGGCUGCUCUCCCUGUCCCUCAAGUACGUCCCCGCCGGCUCGGAGGGCGCGGGACUGCCCCCGAGCGGAGAGCUGCACUUCUGGGUGAAGGAAGCUCAGGACCUCAUUCCACUGCGCUCGGGAUCCCUGGAUACUUUCGUGCAAUGCUCUGUGCUGCCUGAUGACAGCCGGGCCAGCCGCCAGCGUACCAGGGUGGUGCGUCGCAGCCUCAGCCCCGUGUUCAACCACACCAUGGUUUACGAUGGCUUUGGGCCUGCUGACCUGCGCCAGGCCUGUGCUGAGCUCUCCCUCUGGGACCACGGGGCCCUGGCCAGCCGCCAGCUGGGGGGCGCACGCCUCAGCCUGGGCACCGGCAGCAGCUACGGGCUCGAGGUGCCCUGGAUGGAUUCCACACCUGAGGAGAAGCGUCUGUGGCAGACACUCCUGGAGCAGCCGUGCGAGUGGGUGGCUGGCCUUCUACCCCUCAGAACCAACCUGGCCCCCAGGACGUAGCCCUACCAACCCCUCUCUCUGGACCUCCAUCUCAGGGUCUGCCCUUAGCCAAAGUCAAUA